GAGACGGCGGCGCUUGGCGGCGGUGCGGCCGCUCCUGAGGCGGCGGCAGCGGGAGAGGGAGGCGGGAUCACCCCGGGAUCAUCCCGGGAUCCGGCGGCGGGAUCGUGCCGGCCUCCCCUGCGCUCGGGCUCCGGCGGGAGCGGGCUCCGAUCGCCGCUCUGCGCGCCCCGUCCCGCUGCCCGCGCAGUUAUAACACAUGGUUUUAAUGCUCCAGCUGAACAACUGAGAUGAGACUGAAGACUUCCCUUUUGAAGGAGCCCAAACAUAAGGACUUGGUGAGCUGUGUGGGAUGGACUACAGCUGAUGAGCUCUACUCCUGCAGUGAUGACCACCAGAUCAUGAAAUGGAACCCCGUGACCAGCGAGACCACUCGGGUGGUGAAGCUCCCAGAUGAUGUUUAUCCCCUGGAUCUGCACUGGUUUCCCAGAGGGACUGGGGGCAAGAAGCAAUCCCAGGCUGAGAGCUUUGUUCUGACCAGUUCUGAUGGGAAAUUCCACUUGAUUUCCAAGCUAGGAAGAGUGGAGAAAAGUGUAGAAGCACAUUGUGGAGCUGUCCUUGCAGGAAGGUGGAAUUAUGAGGGGACAGCCCUGGUUACAGCUGGGGAAGAUGGCCAAGUGAAGAUCUGGUCUAAAAGUGGAAUGCUGAGAUCCACUCUGGCUCAGCAAGGAGCCCCAGUGUACUCAGUGUCCUGGGCACCUGACUCUGACAAAGUUCUCUUCACCUCAGGGAAGCAGCUGAUUAUCAAACCCCUGCAGCCAAAUGCUAAAGUUCUGCAGUGGAAAGGGCACGAGGGGCUGAUUCUGAAAACAGACUGGAACUCAGUGAAUGAUUUGAUUCUCUCUGCAGGGGAGGACUGCAGGUACAAGGUGUGGGACAGUUUUGGCCGGGCCCUGUUCAGCUCCCAGCCCCAGCAGUUCCCCAUCACCUCCAUUGCCUGGGCUCUGCACGGCGACUUCUUCGCUCUGGGCUCCUUCAACACCCUCAGGCUGUGUGACAAAACUGGGUGGUCUUAUGCCCUGGAGAAGCCCAACACUGGCAGCAUUUUUGCCAUUUCCUGGUCCAUCGAUGGCACCCAGCUGGCUGGAGCGUGUGGGAAUGGCCAGGUCAUCUUUGCCCACGUGCUGGAGCAGCGCUGGGAGUGGAAAAACUUCCAAAUUACCUUAAUUAAGAGAAGAACCAUGAAGGUGCACAAUGUCACCAAUGAUGCUGUGGAUUUGCUGGAAUUUCGGGACAGGGUGAUCAAAGCCUCCCUGAGCUGUGGAUAUUUGGUGGUUUCCACCUCUCUGCAGUGCUAUGUGUUCUCGACAAAGAACUGGAACACUCCAUUGAUUUUUGACCUGAAGGAAGGGACUGUGAGUUUGAUUCUCCAAGCAGAAAGGCAUUUUCUUCUUGUGGAUGGUGGAGGACUUUAUUUAUAUUCCUAUGAAGGCAGAUUAAUUUCUUCUCCAAAAUACCCAGGCAUGAGAACUGACAUUUUAAAUGCCCAGACAGUGUCCCUGAGCAAUGACACCCUGGCAGUGAAGGACAAAGCUGAUGAGAAGGUUAUUUACAUAUUUGAAGCUUUGUCUGGGAAGCCUCUGGGUGAUGGAAAACCUCUGACCCACAAGACAGAGAUUGUGGAGAUUGCUUUGGACCAGAAGGGACUGACAAGUGAGAGAAAAAUAGCUUUUAUUGAUAAAAACAGAGAUCUUUUCAUCACCUCAGUGAAAAGGUUUGGGAAGGAGCAGAAAAUUGUCAAAAUAGGGACAAUGGUGCAAAGUCUGGCCUGGAAUGACACCUCCAACAUCCUCUGUGGGAUUCAGGAUUCCAAGUUCACAGUCUGGUAUUAUCCCAACACAGUUUAUGUGGAUAAAGAUCUCCUCCCCAAAACCCUGUAUGAAAAAGAUGCCAGUGAGUUCAGCAGAAGCCCUCGGAUUGUGAGUUUUGUGGGGAACCAGGUGACCAUCAGGAGGGCAGAUGGCUCCCUGGUGCACCUGCACAUCUCUCCCUACCCCGGGAUCCUGCACGGCUACGGCAGCGCCGCGCGCUGGGACGACGGGCUCCGGCUCUGCCGCUUCGUCAAGGAUCAGACCCUGUGGGCUUGUUUGGCUGCCAUGGCAGUGGCCAACAAGGACAUGAGCACCGCUGAAAUCGCCUACGCAGCCAUUGGUGAGAUUGACAAGGUGCAGUACAUCAAUUCCAUCAAGGAUCUGCCCUCCAAGGAGUCCAGGCUGGCUCACAUGCUGCUGUUCAGUGGGAACACCCAGGAGGCUGAGACGCUCCUGCUGCAGUCAGGCCUGGUUUACCAAGCUAUCCAAAUCAACAUCCAUCUUUACAACUGGGAAAGGGCCCUGGAGCUGGCAGUGAAGCACAGGACACACGUGGACACGGUCCUGGCUUACAGGCAGAAAUUCCUGGGAGAUUUUGGGAAGAAAGAAACCAACCAAAGGUUUUUGCAAUAUGCACAAGGGCUGGAGGUGGAUUGGGAUAAAAUCAAAGCCAAAAUCGAGAUGGAAAUUGCAAAAGAAAGGGAACGAGCAGCAGGCAGUGCUGCAGUGAGGAGCAGUGUGACUGUGCAGCAAUAAUUCCAUUUUUGGGCUCCUUCAAUAUUUGCUACUGGCUUGUUGUAAAAAAAAAAAACACAAAAUAUUUUGAGAAUCUGUAGGUUUGGAUCUUUGGGUGACACACAGGGUGAAUUAUUUCCUUUCAUUUUGAGCUGGGUUUAAAUUCUGGAGCCAGGGAUGGCUGCAUAGAUGAGAAAAAAAAAAGGGAAUUAAUUUUUCUUCUCUUGGUGAUUUUAAAUUUUCAUUGCCAGGAAUAUUCUUGAACCUCUACUGAAAUCACAAUUGAAGCCCCAAGUUAAAAUCUUUAACCUCAGGGACCUCUCCAGGAUUGUUUAAAUUGCCCUAAAAACAAAUUUAACAAACUAGAAGUGCUGAAAAUGCAAAAAAAAAAUUUAAAUAAAAAUAUCUUGAGCCUCUAAAGUACAAAUAUUUCCCUCACAGUUGUGGGAUUACAUAUUUGUAUGGAUGUCCAGUUCUUUAACAAAUUAUUUCAGAUCAUUUCAGCAAAACUUUCAGCACUGAAAGGAUUUUUUUUUUGUUUAAAAUACUUUGGAAUAUGGUUUCAGGACUGUUGGAAGUAACAUCUGAUGUGUAAAAUUGUCAAGAAUAUUUCAAAUAAAAGAAUAUUUUAUGUAUUUUUUCUGCCCAAAGCACUUGAUUUGUAAAUAUUUUUUAAAAUUUGUUAUUUUGAGGUACACUUUUCUUUGUUUCACACCCAAACUUCAUUCUCAUGUUAUAAAUAAUAAAUUCCCAGUUUAUUCAGCAUUGUUUAUUAUGGAUCUCUGAAAUGUGAAAUAUCUGUACAUUUGUAAAUCACUGUGGGACCCUUCCUUGCACUGUUCAUAAUUUCUUAAUAAAACCAAAUAAAA